CAUCAUCCUUCCGCGCCAUUUUCAAAAAGCUGCCGGGGCGGAAGGGGCCCCGGGGAGGGAGGCGAUGCGGCCGCCGGCGGAGGGAGUCGCGGCCCGAGCUGCGGGCCUUUAAUCUUUGGAAGUGAAUACAUCUGGUUUUGGAAGACAACAUGACGACAGCUGCUGAAAGAAAGUACAUUAAUAUUAGGAAAAGAUUAGAUCAGUUGGGCUACCGGCAGACUCUCUCAGUGGAGUGCUUACCUUUGGUAGAGAAACUUUUCAGUGACUUGGUUCAUACGACAGAAAGCCUUCGGCAAUUAAAAUUAUCCUCUGUGAAAGCUGAAAAAGAAAGUGCCAAUUUUGAUUUUGUUUUGGAACCCUAUAAACUUGAAAAUGCAAGAUUGAUUAAGGAGAAUAAUGAGUUAUAUCUGGAGUUAAUGAAGCUGAGAGAAUGCUCAGAACAACGCAUUAGAGAGUUGAAAACUACAUUGAAGAAGUGUGUACAUGAAACAUCUGAUCUGAAGUUUCUCAAUAACCAGUAUGUUCAUAAGCUCAGACUUCUGGAGAAAGAGAGCAAGGCUAAGAAUGAAAAAAUUCAACAACUUCAAGAAAAGAAUUUGCAUGCUGUAGUACAAACUCCUGGUGGCAAGAAAAGAAAUAUUGCUUUUAGGCGCCAGCGUAUGCAAAUUGAUGAACCAGUCCCUCCGUCUGAAGUCAGUUCUUACCCAGUCCCACAGCCGGAUGACCCAUACAUUGCAGACCUCCUGCAGGUGGCUGAUAACAGGAUUCAAGAACUUCAGCAGGAAGUGCACCAGCUGCAAGAGAAGUUAGCACUGAUGGAAAGUGGAGUGAGAGACUACAGCAAGCAGAUUCAACUAAGAGAACGCGAGAUAGAGCGGCUGUCAAUGGCCCUGGAUGGUGGCCGCUCCCCAGAUGUCCUCUCUCUGGAGACUAGAAAUAAAACUAACGAAAAGCUGAUUGCUCAUUUAAAUGUUCAGGUUGACUUUCUUCAGCAAGCUAACAAGGACUUGGAGAAGCACAUUCAAGAGCUUAUGGAAACCAAGGAAACAGUGACCAGUGAAGUCGUGAAUUUAAGUAACAAAAAUGAAAAACUCUGCCAAGAAUUGACUGAAAUAGACCAGCUAGCCCAGCAGCUGGAGAGGCACAAAGAGGAGGCUCUUGAGACGGCUGACAAAGAGCUUGGGGAGGCGAAGAAAGAGAUUAAAAGAAACCUCUGUGAAAUACGGAAUCUUGAAGAAAAAAUGGCAAAACUUCAGCUGGAGUUAAACUCAUGCCAUAAGGAGAAGGAGAAGCUGAGUGAAGAACUCCUUCUCAAGUCAGACCUGGAGACCGUCGUCCAUCAGCUUGAACAAGAGAAGUACAGACUUUGCAAAAAGAUUGAAAGUUUUGCAGUGACAGAAAGAGAACUUACUUUGGAAGUUGAGAGGAUGAGGCUAGAACACGGGAUAAAACGUCGCGACAAGUCGCCUUCUCGUUUAGACACUUUUCUGAAAGGCAUUGAAGAAGAACGGGAUUAUUACAGGAAGGAGCUAGAAAGACUCCAGCAUAUAAUACAGCGAAGAACAUGCUCUGCAAAUUACUGUGCGCGUGAGAGAAGUCCAGUGGUUAAAACACAAGAAAAGGGUGAUUUCAAUUCAGAUAUUCAGAUGGUUACCAGAGAAAGAGAUGAACUCCAGCGCAUGCUAGAAAGAUUUGAAAAAUAUAUGGAAGAUAUACAGUCCAAUGUUAAACUAUUGACAGCAGAAAGAGAUAAACUCAGUGUCUUGUAUAAUGAAGCUCAGGAAGAAUUAUCUGCACUGAAACAGGAAUCCAUGCAAACUCCCAUCCCCAGUAAUCUUGUUAGCCUAAUGGAAAAGGAAAAAGAACUGGCACUAUCUGACUUAAGAAGGAUUAUGGCAGAAAAGGAAACCUUAAGAGAAAAGUUAAAAAAUAUCCAGGAGAUGAGUAUUGUUGGAAAAUCAGAAUUAGAGAAAACUAUUGAACACUUGACAUACGUCAACCAUCAGCUUGAAAGUGAGAAAUAUGAAUUGAAAUCUAAAAUAUUAGUGAUGAAAGAGACGAUAGAGUCAUUGGAGAACAAAGCAGCACUCCAAGCUCAGAAACUCAGCCAUGUGGCUGGUGACUCGUGUCAUCAGAAAACAGAGGUGAACUCUCUGAGGUCAUUGAACGAGCAGCUGCAGCAGUCCCUUGACGACUGUCAGCAGCGACUUUCCAUCAAAAGGAGCGAGCUUGAGUCGGCCCGAGAGCGCAUUGCCACGCUGCAGAGCAACAUAGAGCAACUGCAGCUGAAAAUGACCUCACAGAAUGAGGAGGCCCAUGUGAUGAAAAAGACCAUUGGUGUAAUCGACAAGGAGAAAGACUUUCUCCAGGAGACAGUAGAUGAGAAGACAGAAAAGAUUGCAAACUUGCAGGAAAACCUGGCUAGUAAAGAAAAAGUCAUCACUCAGAUGAAGAUCACCGCCUCAGAGCAUGAGUUAGCUAUGAACCAGCUGAAGGAUACAUUGGCUAAUCGAGACCGAGAGAUAAGCAGCCUCCAGCGCCAGCUGGAUGUGGCUCACAAAGAACUUGAUGAGGUAGGAAAGUCCCGAGAGAUCGCUUUUAAGGAGAACAGACGAUUACAAGAUGACCUGGCCACAGUGGCAAGAGAAAACCAGGAAAUCUCGAUGGAGCUGGAAGCUGCGGUGCGUGAGAAGGAGGAGAUGAAGAGUCGGGUCCAUAACUACAUCACCGAGGUGUCGCGGUGGGAAAGCCUGAUGGCUACGAAGGAAAAAGAAAACCAGGAUCUAUUAGACAGGUUCCAGAUGCUUCAUAACCGUGCGGAAGACUGGGAGAUCAAGGCCCAUCAAGCCGAGGGAGAAAGCAGCUCGGUGCGACUGGAGCUCCUUUCUAUCGACACAGAGAGGAGACACCUUCGAGAAAGAGUGGAGCUGCUAGAGAAAGAGAUUCAGGAGCACAUAAAUGCACAUCGUGCUUACGAGUCUCAGAUCUCGUCAAUGGCAAAGGCCAUGUCCAGAUUAGAGGAGGAGCUGAGGCGCCAUGAAGAUGAGAAAGCAGUGGUGUUAAGUGACUUGUCAUCUCUCCGAGAGCUCUGCAUUAAGCUUGAUUCAGGCAAGGAUGUCAUGACCCAGCAGUUGAAUGCCAAGAGCCUGGAGUUGGAGCGGGCACUGGCAGAAUUGGAAAAUGUCAAAUCAGAAUCAGAGCUGUUUAAAAAACAACUGUCAAGUGAGAGACAGACAGUUAAAAACCUGGAAUCAUUGCUGGCCUCAAACAGAGAUAAAGAAUUUCAUUCUCAUCUAACCUCUCACGAGAAGGAUACAGAGAUCCAGCUCCUCAGGGAGAAGUUAACCCUUUCCGAAAGCAAAUUGACAAGCCAAAGCCGAGAAAACUCCAUGCUUCGAUCUAAAGUGGCACAGUUGCAAACGGAUCAUGAUUCUCUGAAAAGGCAGAUUUCAAUGGAAAGAUUUGAACGAGAACGAGCAAUCCAAGAGAUGCGUCGACAUGGUCUUCCUACAUCUCCCCUUAGUUCUACUCUGAAGUCUCCUGAACAGAUAACAUAGCUUCCAGAAAGAAUAAUGUUUUUCAGUGAGUUCCUAUGUGGAUUUUUAAAAGAACACAACAGCAAUGAAAUCUUUGAAUUAUUUGUUCCUGCAAAUCAUGGACAUUGACACAAAUUCUACCUCUGUCAACUUUUAUUUAAAUCAGUGAAUAUUUAUGUAAAAUGUUUGUUAUAAAAGCACUGUACAUGUAUAUUUUCAUAUGUAUGACAAAACAAGAUAUGUUACUAGUGGUUAACUGAUGUGAAAUCCAUAUUUUUAUUAUUCCUGACUUAAAUUACUCCUUAAGAUGUGUUCAUACUGUGAAUUGAUAUAGCAUAGUCACAUUAUGCUCUCCCAAUCUUCUUAAUGAGCCAUACUCUAUGCAUGUAAAUAGCCUUUCAGUACCUAAGUGGUUUUGGUUUUAUGGCCUGUGUUUAUAACCCAUGCUUUAAUGUUUUCACAAAGAAUGAUGAAUUUUGAUGCUGUGCUGUCAUGCUUUGAAACUAGAAGAACUGAAUCAAGCUAAAAUGUAUGCAGUUUUGUUAAACAAUAGAACAGACAUUUGGGACAUUUUUAGUAAUUAAAUUAUUCAGUAUAUUAAUUUAAAACUUCAAAAUAUAAAAUAUACAGGAUCAACAUGUGUUUGUUAAAUUCCAGUGUAUCCAAUAAUACCUAUUUUUGCUUCUAAUCCAGUAUAAUUUACCAAUCUUACAGAAAAUUAUGUAGAUACUGUCCCUGUGGCAUAUUAAUUAAUUUGGAAUACAUUUUCAAGGUUGUAAUCUUAAAUCAUUUAGGCAUAUACAAACAUUACAAAAAGAACAGGCAUACAAAAUAGAGUGUCAGAUACAAACAUUAAUCGUGAUCAAACUAUUCACAUAUAAAGAAAGUCCUGUUUUGGGUUUUACCUUGACUGAAAAGAACUUGAAGGCUAACAUGAACAAGUAAAGAUCCAUUGUUGCUUCCUCUUGGUUUAAUAAAGUGGAGCUUAUGUGUGCAUGUACCUGGAGGUGGGUCGUACUGAUUUUGUAACCUGGUGUGCCCUAGAUGUUUAAGGAUGCCCCUUGCAAUAAUUUGGCACAUUUUUGGGAGAGGGGUGGCUUAUUUUCCCACCAUCUUCUUUGAGUGAAUUCACAUAUCAUGGCAAAAUGUAAGAGAAUGAGACUCUGCAAUGUCAAUGGAAAAUUCUUUAUUAAACACAUGUAAAUAAAAGUACUUGCCCCAACUUUUCCCCAAAA